GAAUGAUGGCCACUUCCUGCUGAGGCUCGCGUGAGACGCAGGCGCUGUCCGCGGUGCUGGAUGAGAGAGAGCGGGUCCUUUCGGUCGCAAAAAUGAGCAGGCACACACAGUUUCCCUGUAGAAGCAUCUCCAUGGUGUCCACUCGCUCAGUAUCUCUGGGUUUUGGCUGGCAGAGGAGCUCAACACUCCUACAUAGAUAGACAACAGGCUGAUGCUUAAUCCGUUUCAUCAAUGUGUAUGGUCAUAUUUGCUCCGCUUUGUGCUGUUUUAGCAUUUGCAACAUGUGGGGGAUAUUCUGGCCAGAUAAUGGUUAAAGUGGAAUGUUUGGACAAAAUCCAAAACAACAUCAGCAUCAGUUUCGACUACCCAUUCAGACUUCAACAGGCACACUUCAGUGCUCCUCUGUGUGAAGGAACUAAGAAAGAGACUCUCUUUCUCGAAGGAGAUUAUGCUUCAUCUGUACAGUUCUUCGUCACUGUGUCAGUCCUGGCUUUCCUCUAUUCCCUUUUGGCCACAAUUGUUUAUUUCUUCUACCAGAACAAAUACAGAGAGAAGAACAGAGGUCCAGUAGUUGACUUCUUGGUGACUCUAGUGUUCUCUAGCUUGUGGCUGGUAAGCUCAAUUGCCUGGGCUAAAACUCUGUCUGGGGUGAAGACAGCCACUGAUGUGCAUCAAAUCCUGCUGUUAAUGUCUGCAUGCAGAGCCCAGGAGAACUUAUGUGAGGUCUUGCAGGAGCCCAUCUGGACAAAUCUCAACAUGUCUGUGGCCUUUGGUUUUUUGAACUUCUUCCUUUGGGCUGGUAAUAUUUGGUUUGCCUACAAAGAGACGGGUUUGCAUAAGUCCACCCAGCGCCAUCCCUCCAGAACUCCCUCUGAGAAACGCGGCAGCUUCAGGCAGUACAGUCAAACCAGUUUUGAUCAACCUGGAGCUGGUUUUGGCCAGAGGCUCUACAACCAGGCGAGUUUUGACUUAUCAAGCGGAGGCUUCAGUCUACCCCAAACUAAUCUAGGACUGCCGAAGCUGUACGGACAGGCGGGGAGUCCCACAUCCAGAGGCCCUCUCAUAUUUGUCAAUGAGAUGUGAGAGAGACUGUGACUGUGGAGAAGAGAAAGAAAUUUGAAAUAAAUAACAGCCGACUCUGAUGUUUUCUCAGUGAUAACACUGAUCAUUUGUCAUUGUGAAUUUGAUAUUUCUAUCAUGAGACGUAGAAAUUGUGGUAUUUUUGUAGAGAUCAGUCCGCAUACUGUUGUUUAUUCGUUUACUGUAUAAUUAAGUCUUGAUUCUAACUUUUACCUGCCCUUAUGAAUUCUCUUUUUAUUGACCUAUAGCAUUUGUUAUAAAAAAUAGCACCUACAAAUUUAGAAAUAUCUACAACAUGCCAGUUGGAGUCUAUUGUGAAAUGUAUUAUUAUUAUGUCACAUUGAACUUAAACUUUAAGACCUUGAUAUAAUUAUCUAUCUAUAUACAUAAAACCUAUUUUGCAUUUGACUUUACCGUGUCGUAUAUGGCUGUUGAUAAAUUGUGAUAAUUCUACAGUAUUUGAAUGGCUUUUUGCAUUGUAUACCUACAUUCUAACAGUCUAUGUUUGCCGUAUACUUUUCAACUUCUCCAAGGUACUUUAAAGAAUAACAUGGUAUAACUAUCAUGAAAGUGUCAAACAGCAUGGCGUUAUCACGGUAGCGUGUCCAAAAUACCAUACUUAUUAUAUGUGGGUUUUUUCAAUGUUCUGCAAUGAAUUAUGAUUAAUUACCAGUGGACGCCUGGAAAAAGCAAAUGGUUUGAGUCAUCAGAGAUUAAUCAUUUAGUUUAACCUUACACAGGUUACAUGUGAAAUGCAUGCAAAAGAGUGCUAAAAUCCAAGUCACUCUGUUGUUCCAGUGUAUUAUAGGAUUUAAAACUGUACAAAUGUUAUAUGGAAACUGAUUGCGUCUUAAAAUUAAGUAAUAAAAUUAUACUAAU